AUGCAGGCGGGUGUGGCCGUUGUCCUGGGGAGGGGGGGCGGCGGCGGCAUCGGGGAGGAUUUCUUGAGCGGCUUCUCCAUCCAGCUGGGCGCCGUCCAGUUUGCUGUAGUCUUAUCUCCGGAUGAAAGACAGUGGAAGCUACUGGAGGAUGCCAACCAGCAAAACAAAGAAGUGCAGCAAGAAAGAGGAUACAGAAACGUCGAGAUCGGUGAGAGCGUGAGGGGCGAAGAUGUCUAUAUCAUCCAGAGUGGCUGUGGAGAAAUCAACGACAACCUCAUGGAGCUUCUCAUCAUGAUCAAUGCCUGUAAGAUCGCGUCAUCUUCCAGGGUGACUGCCGUGAUCCCGUGUUUUCCGUAUGCUCGGCAAGACAAAAAGGACAAGGUAGGAGAUUUGGGUCCUGUUGGAGGAACCCGCUCUGGGGUCACCUCGAUUGCGGACAGGCUGAAUGUGGAAUUUGCCCUGAUUCACAAAGAGAGGAAGAAAGCAAACGAAGUGGACCGGAUGGUUCUGGUGGGCGACGUGAAGGACCGCGUGGCCAUCCUCGUGGACGACAUGGCGGACACGUGUGGCACCAUCUGCUACGCUGCGGACAAGCUACUCUCAGCUGGAGCCACCAAAGUUUAUGCUAUCCUGACGCACGGGAUCUUCUCUGGGCCAGCUAUUUCCAGAAUAAAUAAUGCCGCCUUUGAAGCUGUUGUGGUCACAAACACCAUUCCGCAAGAGGACAAAAUGAGACACUGUCCCAAGAUUCAGGUUAUUGAUAUCUCGAUGAUCUUGGCAGAGGCGAUCCGAAGAACACACAACGGUGAAUCUGUGUCUUACCUGUUCAGCCACGUCCCGCUAUAGAUCCCGGACGUGGGAAGGAUGAAGAAGGUGACCUCA